CUCGCUUUCCAACUUUGAAUUUCAAUGAUUAGUAUUUUGUUCCCAUGUAAUCUUUGAUUCAAUCUCAUUUUUUUAUUGUUGUUUAUUUAUUUUUUGUUUAUCUGUCCUAUUGAUCGAAAGAGCAAAUCAACUAUUAAUAUGAGUUAUAAUCCAUUUGUUGCUUCUGUUCAUGGACAUCCUAGUUUCAAUCCUGUCAAAAUCGGUUCUAGAGGAGGUGCGGGCUCAGACAAUAGACUUGUUAAACCACCAAAACCACUCGAUAAACCAGUGGUUUCAUAUGCUCGUUAUGGUCGCAAAGGAUUACAAUCACCUCAAAAGCAAACUGAUGGUAAAGUCAGUAUUCAGGGUGUCGAAGAAGAAGAAGAGACUGGUGAAAUAUCAUCAAAACAUAUUGCAAGUGCUAGAUUCGCCAGGAAUCAUAAAUUGAUAAAUGAAAUAUUUAACGAUACUGUUGUACCUGAUGUAAGAUCUGUUGUGACAACUGCUAGGAUGAAAGUAUUGAAAAAUCAAGUUCAAUCUUUGACAACUCAUCAAAAAAAAUUGGAAGUUGAAUUACAACAGAUUGAAGAAAAAUUUGAUGUAAAAAAGAGAAAAUUUCUUGAAGCAAGUGAAACAUUUCAGGAGGAGAUGAAGAAGAGAUGUUCGAUUAAACCAGUUGAUCCUGCAUCUUUCCAAGCAAUGGUAGAUAAAGCUUAUCAACAAUUAAAAAAGGAACAAGCCCAGAAAGAAGAAUCUGCCCGUAAAAAGAAAGAAGCUGAAGAAAGACAAGCUCAACUUUUAGCACAAGAAAAAGCAGCAACUAUUGAUAUUCAACCGGUUGAUCCAAAUCAAGGUCCUCAAGCACCUAGACUUUAUCCACCAGCAACUACUACAAUACAUUUAACCUCAGAGAUUCCAAACAACGGACAAUCGCACCUUCCUGAUACUGGAGAUGUAAGAAUGGAUGACAUGACAACUGUUAAAGAAUAUUCAACAGAAACUAUCGCAACGCCAACAGGUAGUACAAGUAUAGUAGAGUCUAGUCAUAACAGACAAGGAGAAAAUGAACGAUAUGAUACUCGGGUUGUUAUUUUAAGUCAAACAACUCCUCAUCCUAGUACUACACGAAUGCCUGUAUCUUCUAAUUCAGGCAAUGCAGAUGUAACAAUGGAUAAUAUUACAACUGUCAAAGAAUACACAGCAGACUCAGAUAAUUUGAAUGAACAAUCACAGAGUAAAUUUACAGAAAUAACUAGCGAAGUGACUAAGCCAAAUGAUUAUACUAAACCAGAAACAACAGCAACAAUGACUGUAUCUGAAGCCCAAUAUUCAGCUACAACUGGAUUCAUGCAAAUCGGAACAAGUGAAUCAAAACUCUCCCCUAGUGAAAAAAUGGAUACAGAUGAAAUUAAAACUGAAGAUCAGCCUGCAUUUGAAUCGCCAUCUAUGAUAUCGAUACCAUUACAAUCUUCUGUUUCAAAUACUGCAACAACGAGAACAGACAUUGUUGAUAAUUCAACUGAGCGUGCAACUAUUGAUGUAACACCUGAAUUUGCAAUAACGAAAAAGAACGUUGAUGAAUAUAACACAGAAAAAUCAUCCACAACUAUUACACAAAUAGAGUCAAUACCUGAUUCUAUAAGAAAAGAGGAAAUAACUAUAUCUGCAAUGAGCGUGCCCGUCAGUGCAGAAAUGGAUGAUAAAUUAACUAAAGAAUCACCACCGCAAGAACCUUUAGUUAAGGAUAUGGAGAAAAAAGAAGAAACAACCACACAAAUAACAAUAAUACCAACUUCUGAACCAAUUGAUAACUUGAAACCUGUAGUAGAUCCUUCAUUGACUACACUUAUUACACCAGUAACUUCGGAAGUAAUAUCACAACCCAAUGAAAAGGACCAACAAUUUACAACUACAAUCUCAUCAAGUACGAUAUCACCAAGUGUAGAUGGAAUAUCAACUGAAAAGAUAACAAUUUCAAAUGAAACGUCAAAUCAAGUAUCAGAAACUAGUAGGUUGGAAGCUGAAUAUAAGGUAGAAACCGAGGAAAAUUCAACUACAAAAUUACCAUCUACUUCAAUGACAAUAACAACUGUACCUAGGAUAAGUGGUGAAGCUGCAACAACUGAAUAUUCUGUCGACCAAACUACUGUUGAAACUACAAGCAAAUCUACAGAACCAUUAUCUUCAUAUGAUACACCAACGACAAGACCGGAACACGAAUAAAUAGCUUGAAUCCAAGGAAAAUUUAAUGACAAAACAGAAAGUUGACACUCCAAAUAGUUUUCGAUAUUUCGUAUAUUUACCUGUAUCAGCAUUAAUUUAUAACUUUCACGGAUGAUUUUAAAGCAAUAUCUCUGUAUUAAAAUUCUGGUCUAUCAAACAAAUAAACUUAUACUGUAAAAUAUUUCUUAAAUUGCUAAAUUAUUGUACAAUCUUCAUGUAUCAAUCCAAAUCAAAUAAUUAGAUUAUCCGUCUAAACUGCUAAUAAAGUUAAUUUUAUUCGACAA